UUGCUUUUUUUCUUGAUGCUUAUUCAAUUUUGAGCAGAUCUGAACGAUAUAUUAUCUGCACACAGCGUCAGUAUUAGAAUCAAGAGAAUAACCAGUUUGACGAUAUCAAAAAUCAAGUUCCCCGAACAAAUCAAUAUAAUUUAAUAGUCGACUUUAGGUAAAGUCAAUGACUUCUACCAUUAUGCUUCAUUCUUUUCAUAAUAUUCAAUAAUAAUCAGGCGAUAUAAAUUGAGAAUAAUAUUCAGAGUAGUCUCUUUGGGGACUAACACGCGAAACACAUAUGAAUUCUUUAGCCUCGUUAUACUACUACUAAAUACGUAAAGUGAAAAUUUUCUAGCAGACAAUUUGUAUUUUUUUUGUUGAUUUUUCUCUACAAUACUCUCUCCCUCUAACGUUGUUCGACAAAUCAAACAUGAAGAGAAGUCAAAAUCCCGAUUUUUCUGCUUUCUUCUGAUGUACAUAUUCACCUUCACACUUAACAAAUUUUCUAAGAACCAAAAGAAAUGCUUGAAGUUUUGUUUAUAUGUGAAAAACAUAAUGAUAAAGUGCUAUCCAAACCAAACACUCACAAUAAAUGAAUAUCGUGAAAAAGAAAAAUUUAGUUUAUACGCAAAUUAAUUCAUUAUUUACUUUUUCACAUUUCUAGCACAUACUGUAACAACAACAAGAACAGCAACAAUAAUGACAACAUAUUCAGAAACAAUGGGGUAUCAAGAGACAACUGGAUAUGAAGAAACAGCAGUAUAUCCAGAUAUAACAGGAUUUCCAGAAAACUCAACAAUUUCAACUUAUGCUAGUGCAUUAACACUCAAUAGUGAACGAUAUCCAGAAUUAAACAAAUACUAUCAAGUGAUUGAGAUCAUUGUUAAUACCACAGGCACAUAUACCAUAACAAGUUCAAGUUCUAUGAGUACUUAUGGUUAUCUCUAUCAUGACACGUUUUUUUCAUCACACCCAUAUGUCAAUCAACUACUAUUCGGCGCUAGGACUGAAUGUCGCAAGACAAAAUGUCGCGGACAAAAUGUUGCGGACAAAAUGUCGCAUGGACAAAAUGUCGCAGGACAAAAUGUUGCAAGACAAAAUGUCGCGGACAUAUC